GGCCGCCCCACCCCACCCGACAGAGCCUGAGCUGAGGGGUAGACACACGGAGAGGCCGCCCCACCCACAGAGCCUGAGCUGAGGGGUAGACACACAGAGAGGCCGCGCCACCCCACAGAGCCUGAGCUGAGCCGAGCAGGAGCCCGGAGAGAGGAGCGGGGAGGGAGACGGUAGCCCGAGGCCCAGCGCUCGGGCCGGCCGGCUGGCAGUGAAGGGGAGGCGGCCAGAGCCCGGGAAGGAGCCGCGGCCAUGGCGCUGUGCGGGGCGGCGGUGGCCGCGCUGCCCUGCGAAGUAAUUGUGCACAUCUUCUCCUUCCUGCCCCCCUGGGACCGGCUGCGGGCCUCGUCCGUCUGCUCCCGCUGGCGCGAGUGCCUCUUCUACCCGUCGUUGUGGCCCGAGCUGCGGCUCCGCCUGCGCGGCUCAGCCGCCGAGCGCUGCCGCCUCGAUUUCCUCAUGAAGAAGUGCGGCUCGUUCGUGCGGGAGCUGAGGGUGGAGUUCGCCGGGGGCGGCGGCAGCAGCAGCGGCAGCAGCCGGCCCGACCCGCUGCGGGGCUACAUGGACGAGGUGGUGUGCGUGUUGAGGAGUGUGAGAAGCAACCGCAACCUGCAGAAACUCAGCGUGUUCGGCGACAUCUAUCAGCAGGAGCCUGACGAUAAGCACUCGCACGAAAUCCAACAAUUGAUUGAAGAGGUAUUGGGAAAUUCCAAACAUCUGAAAUGGCUCUCUCUAGGUUUUAUGCUGGAGGUAGUAACUCCCACAACACUAGCAGCCUUGCCUCAGUCCAGUGCCAACUGCAUUGAACAUCUGAGUCUCCUGGAUACCCAUUUUAUUAAUAAAACCCCAGUUAUUGAGGCAGUUGAGCUGGAGCGCUUUCUAAACCUGCGAUCACUUGCAUUGGAUUUCUGUGAUUUUACUGCUGAAGUGUCACGAGUACUCGCCAACAGCAACCACGUGCCUUUGCAUAGGUUGUCUCUUGUAAUACAUCACCUCUCAAUGUCCAACACACACGUUUUAGAUAACAUGCCACAGGAUGCAGAUUGGAAGGUGCUCACCAGGCACCGUGCAAAUCUUCGUGUUUACAUCAUGGCCUUUAAUGUCAGGAAUGACAUUUUGCUAAGAAUUCUGAAGCCAAGCAUACCUUUAGGAAGAAUUCACUUUGACAGCUCCACUAAUGGCGUUUCAGGUGCUCUGGUAGAUAUCAUAUCCAGGCAGUAUGACAAAUCCCUUACCCACUUCCUCCUUAUAAAGGAUGUAGAGCAAAGAAUUAAUGGCUUCCCUGAUCUCAGCGACAACCGAAAUGAAGACCCUUUGGUGCUUUUGGCAUGGAGGUGUACAAAGCUUUCUCACCUCUCAAUCCAUGGCUAUGCAGUUUGGGCCCAUAAUCUUAUCGCUAUAGCUCGGCUUCGUGGACCUGAGUUGCAAGUUCUGGAGGUCACUGAGGAGAGCAUUAAUUUUGAUGAAGACGCAAUGGCUGACCUGGAUGGAGAUCCUCUGCAUAAUCUCAUUGAAGAAGUAUCCAUAGGUCUGGGAAAACGGUGGCAUCCGGUGAUGAAAAAUGAAACCCUUUAUGUUUUCAGUGAGACUACUCGUUAUUUUUACAAGGAGAUGCAGCGUUUCAGUGAAGGCAUUUAGCAUUUCAAAAUGUCUGCAUUUCUUAGAAAUAAGUUAACAUUUACCUGUGCUGUUAAUUAGUAUUAGUUCUAAGUAUAUACACUUGUUUAUCCUGCUUAAUCUGUAAAUGUAGUUGGUAUUGGUUUAGAGGUAGAUGUGGCAAGAGUCACUGGAUUUUCUCUGUCAGCGCCUGUGUCAACUGCCAAAGAAAACAGAAUGAAGAAGUGCCCACAUGCUGGCAGGGGCAGGCCAAUGGCUGGUCAGCCAGAACCUACGAGAUUAAAAGGUCGAAUUUUCGACCUGCGGUACACAGCUGUGCUGUGGCUCAGUCAACAACGUUACAGCUCUUUAAUGAACGUGCACCUGGUUCACUGUGAAUAGUGAAUACAAAAAAAUCAGUUCUAACAAAGCUAGGAGCUGCUGCUAUGAUUUUUGAGAACAUUCCACUAGGAUAACUUUUAAAAUCUUGUUAAAGCAAGAGGCUUUAAAAGCCGCAAUGUUCAGGGCAACCGCGGGUACAGUCGUGGUCUCUGUGAGACUAGCACCUGACCCCAGUUUUAAGUGGUACGAAUGUUGUGCAUUUAAUGUAAAGGACAGCCAGUAUUACUCAGUGUGGCCAUCAUGCUGCCCAGCAGUGCUGUGACCUGGCUGCUUUGUAUAAGCUUGUAAAACAAAUUUACUGUAUGCAACAUAUGUCAAGAUUCUAUUUAUGAAGAAAGUAUGAGGUGUGAUUGUUUCAAAUGGUUUUACCAUCUUGUGUCAAAGAUGAUGCGUUUUGACAGGUGUGCAUUAUGUUGCGUAUCUCCAGUGAUUAAUGCACUUACCAUGCGGAUUUUAUAUGUACAUCUGUAGAGUGGAUCCACUGGUGCAAUGUAUGAAAAUGCCAGAUGUGGUGCGAUUUUAUCAUUGAAUGAGAUCAUAUGAAAUACUGACAGAAAAUGUGAGGAAAGCAGUUGAAUGUUAAAUUAAUGUUUAAAGUUUGUGUUGACUGCCGAUUGUUUUAAUCUAUCAAUAAAGCAUUCAAAAGUCUUAUUUA